AUGAAGGAAGAGGUUGAAGAAGAGAGAAACAAGAACAAGCAAACGGCGACAUGUUCAAGAUCUCCUUCUUUUACACGUUCAUCUUUUUCAUAUGAAAGAGAAUACGAAGUUCAUGAAGUUCGAGAUGGAUUGAAAGCAUCAAGAGGAAGCAGAUUCAAUUUAAUAGAGAAAGAAUUAGGAUUAAAAAUUGGGUGGAGAAAGUUCAGUCGACAAGCUCUUUUUCAUGAAUUCGUUAUUGAUCCUGAUAACAGGUGGUAUAGAGCAUGGAUCAAGUUCAUAUUAUUAUGGGCAGUAUACUCAUCAUUCUUCACCCCGAUGGAGUUUGGAUUUUUUCGUGGCCUGCCAGAGAAUCUCUUUAUACUGGACAUCAUAGGACAAAUAGCUUUUCUUGUGGACAUUGUUUUGCAGUUCUUUGUCACUUUUAGAGACAGUCAAACCUAUCACAUGGUCUACCGGCGUACUCCUAUCGCUCUGCGGUAUCUAAAAUCUACUUUUGUCGUUGAUCUUCUUGCAUGUAUGCCGUGGGACCUCAUCUACAAGGCUUGUGGACACAGAGAGGAAGUGAGGUUCCUAUUGUGGAUCAGAUUAUAUAGGGCGCAGAGAGUUGUGCAAUUUUUCAUGAAUUUGGAAAAAGACAUUCGUGUCAACUACAUUAUUGCUCGGAUUGUGAAACUUUUAGUUGUUGAAAUCUACUGCACCCACACAGCAGCCUGCAUUUUCUACUAUUUGGCUACUACACUACCUGAAUCGCAAGAGGGUUACACAUGGAUAGGAAGUUUGAAACUGGGUGACUAUAGUUAUUCAAAGUUCAGAGAAAUUGAUCUUUGGAAGCGCUACACGACAUCAAUGUAUUUUGCUAUUGUUACCAUGGCUACUGUCGGCUAUGGGGAUAUACAUGCUGUGAAUAUGAGGGAAAUGAUAUUCAUAAUGGUUUAUGUUUCACUCGACAUGGUUCUUGGUGCUUAUUUGAUCGGUAAUAUGACAGCUUUAAUAGUCAAGGGAUCAAAGACUGAAAAGUUUAGGGACAGGAUGACAGAUUUGAUGAAAUAUAUGAAUAGAAAUAAACUUGGUAGGGAUAUUCGGGAACAAAUAAAGGGUCAUGUUCGCUUGCAGUUUGAGAGCAGCUACACCGACGCUGCUGUCCUUCAAGACAUUCCCAUUUCAAUUCGAUCUAAGAUAUCCCAAUCGUUGUAUUUGCCAUACAUUGAAAACAUUCCUCUUUUUAAAGAAUGCUCUUCAGAAUUCAUCAACCAGAUUGUUACUAGGCUCCAUGAGGAAUUCUUUCUUCCAGGAGAAGUUAUAAUGCAACAAGGACACGCUGUUGAUCAACUAUAUUUUGUCUGUGAUGGUGUGCUGGAAGAAGUAGGCACAGCUGAAGAUGGGUCUGAAGAAACUGUUGCACUUUUAGAGCGCAAUAGUUCAUUUGGAGAAAUAUCUAUUCUUUGCAACAUUCCUCAGCCAUAUACUGUCCGUGUUUGUGAACUGUGUAGGGUCCUGCGGCUUGAUAAACAAUCAUUUUCAAAUAUCUUAGAUAUAUACUUUUAUGAUGGGAAAAAAGUAUUAGACAAUCUUGUAGAGGGAAAAGAGUCUAUUAGAGGUAAGCAAUUGGAGUCAGACAUCACCUUUCAUAUUGGAAAGCUAGAAUCUGAACUUGCUUUGAAGGUCAAUAGAGCAGCUUUUGAUGGUGAUAUGUAUCAGCUAAUAAGUUUGAUUCGAGCUGGAGCUGAUCCUAAGAAGACAGAUUAUGACGGAAGGUCACCUUUGCAUCUCGCGGCAUGCAGAGGAUAUGAAGAUAUCACACUUCUCCUUAUUCAUGAAGGUGUAGAGAUCAACAUCAAAGAUAACUUCGGGAACACACCACUACUUGAAGCAGUUAAGAAUGGAAACGAUCGGAUUGCUUCUUUACUUGUUAGAGAAGGGGCCUCUUUGAAGAUAGAUAAUGGUGGUAGUUUUUUAUGCACAGCAGUUGCAAGAGGAGAUUCAGAUUAUCUUAAAAGGCUUUUAUCUAAUGGAAUGGAUUCUAAUUUGAAAGAUUAUGACUAUCGAACCCCUCUACAUGUUGCUGCAUCUGAAGGGUUAAUCUUCAUGGCAAAGUUGCUAUUAGAAGCUGGAGCCAGUGUUUUUACAAAAGACAGGUGGGGAAAUACUCCGCUUGAUGAAGCUCGGAUGAGUGGAAAUAAGAAUCUGAUAAAGAUGCUGGAAGAUGCAAAAUCUGCUCAGUUGACAGAAUACCCUUUUCCCCAAGAAAUUACAGAUAAAGUACAUCCAAAGAAGUGCACAGUGUUCCCUUUCCACCCAUGGGAUCCUAAUGAGAGUAGAAGAAAUGGUAUAGUAUUAUGGGUUCCACACACCAUUGAAGAGUUAAUCAAAACAGCCGCAGAACAGAUAGGAUUUUCUAGUGACUCUUGUAUUUUAUCAGAAGAUGCUGGUAAAAUUAUUGAUGUGGGCAUGAUUAAGGAUGAUCAGAAACUGUAUUUAGUUCUUGAAACACAUUAG